UAGUGUAGCUCCACCAGCUGUCUUGCUCAGCACCAAGAAAAUGUUUUCUCUCUCAGUUCUGCUGGUUUCCUACCUCCAAAUGUCUCAGCAGAUUCAGAAAACUACUGCAAAUGGCAAAGGGAUGCUGUCGAAUCCCAGGCUUGUACCUGUCCCAGGGACGCUGAAUGUAGUGAUGAAGCAGAACGUGACCGUCUCCUGCCGCAUAGACUCUGGGUCUCCACCUGUCAGAUACACACUGUUUAAACACAAUCAGAAGGUAGCCACUGUAUGUAGUACAGACCUGACCCCAGGUUUGUUUAAGCUGACUAUCAGCUCUGCCAGUGACAUGGGUGAAUACAAAUGCAAAGCUGAGGAUAACAGCUCCAGUGCCGGAAAAUACAGCAACAGCCUCACCUUUACCCUUCUAGAGCCAAUUUCAAAACCACUGCUGAGCUCACCCACCUCUCAAGCAAGGAAAGGCCAGAACGUGACCCUGUCUUGUCUCUCAGAGAACGGCUCUCUUCCUAUCACAUACAUAUUCUUCAAAGAAAGACGAAACAUCUCUCCCCCCAUGAAGAUACAGAAGAGGGAAGCAGCUGUGAUUUUUCUACUUAUCAAUUCCUCUAGUGACUUUGGAACCUAUAAAUGCAGAGCUGAAAAUAGCUUUCGCAAUAAUACAAAAUACAGCAAUAGUUUCAACUUUACAUUGGCAGAAGAGAGAACGCAUUCUCAACCUCUGAUCAUUUGUCUUGGGCUGAUCUUGCUGCUGCUGCUCAUCAUAGGACUUGCUCUGGCAAUUCAUUUUUUCAUAAUUCCUUCAUAUAAAGCAAAAAAAUUUAAAUCUACUAGGAUCCCAGCUGGCCUUCCUUUAACAAUGAAUGCCGAAGACUCUGAAAACUAUGUCAUAUACGCAGAGAUCGAUCCUGUUAAACCAGAAGAAGAAUACGUCAACUUUUCUGCUAUGAGAAGAGAAGAUGAAACAGCGGAGAAGAGGGCACCUGCUACAGUCUAUUCAAAGGUCCUCAUCAGAGACUGAGUACAAGCUGGACCACUCCAUUCUCCAGAGUGGCAUCAGUUAUCAGGAUCGUGAAGAGAACACUCAUCUCAUCGUACCUGCAAAGGGAAGUGCACACUUGUUACUGCUUUUGGUGUAUGAAAAAAUCAGACAAGUACAGAUG